AUGAAGAAAAGUUCCACCGCCCCUGCACUACACUGGAUUUAUUGGCUAGGGAUAACCGUCAACGGCAGCUCAGUGGGAUGGAACCAAACCCAUCACUGCAAGCUCCUGGAGGGACUGGCCCCUGAUCAGCUCCAGCUGUGUCGCAGGAACCUGGAGCUGAUGCACAGCAUUGUCCAGGCUGCCAAACUCACCAAGCUCACCUGUCAGAAAACCUUCACGGACAUGAGGUGGAACUGUUCCUCCAUUGAGAAGGCACCUCGUUUUACCCCGGAUUUAUCUAAAGGUACACGAGAGUCUGCUUUUGUGUUUGCGUUGGCUGCGGCCGUCUUGAGCCACUCCAUUGCGAGGUCUUGUGCUUCCGGUGACCUUCCAAGCUGCUCCUGUGCUCCAACCCCAGCUGAGAAACCGGGACCGGACUUCAGAUGGGGCGGCUGCGGCGACAACAUCGCCUAUGGACUUAAUAUGGGCUCUGCUUUUUCUGACGCACCCGUGAAGAACAGCAGAUCUGGAUCGCAGGCAUUCCGCCUGAUGCACCUACACAACAAUGCUGUAGGAAGACAGUGUCUUUCAGAUGCCGUGGAGACCAAAUGCAAGUGCCACGGUGUUUCUGGGUCCUGCUCCAUCAAGACGUGCUGGAAGGGGCUGCAAGAUAUCGGUCACGUUGCCACAGACCUCAAGUCCAGGUACCUUACAGCUACAAAAGUGACCCAUCGCCAUGUGGGAACUACGAGGCAGCUCGUGCCCAGGGAGUUGGAUGUGAGGCCUGUGAGGGACACGGAGCUGGUUUACCUGGUUAGCUCCCCGGAUUACUGCACAGCCAAUGAGAAGUUUGGCUCGCUGGGCACACAAGACAGGCAUUGCAACAAAACGACCAGUGGCAGCGACAGCUGCAGUCUAAUGUGUUGCGGCCGUGGCUAUAACCGGUACAUGGAAAAGGUGGUUGAGCGCUGUCAGUGCAAGUACCACUGGUGCUGCUACGUCACCUGCAAGAAAUGUGAGCGGACAGUGGAGCGUUAUGUGUGUAAAUAA